AUGGACCAGCGGCCGCCAUCCAAUAACGGCCUCCCCGUGCACCGGGUUGAGUUUCCCCCUUCACAGCACAGGAACCCCGGCCCGGUAUUCAACCAGCUGGUCUUUGCCAGCGCGGUAUACGUCUUUUUCACAAAUAUCCUCCCCGGCAUCACCUUCGCCAGCGACCUUGACGUCCUCACCGGCCAGUCGUGGGGCACCAUCGAGGUGGUCUUUAGCACCGGCCUCUGUGGUCUCAUAUUUUCGCUGUAA